AUGGAUGACACGAUCCUUCCGCCUCCCUCCAGCAUCGUGUACUUCGACAGCUCCGCUCAGCCUUUCGUCUUGGUGGGUGACCGAAAGAUUUUCUUAGCAACGCGCGCGGACGUGAGGCAGAAGGCCCAGCCCGACGAAAUCUGGGAGAGGAUGAGGAAUCUUGAGCAGAAGCUUGGACAUCAUGCUCAGAGGAUCACAGCCCUCGAAUCCGAUUGUUCACUUCUGGACACACUUCGGGAUGAGAUUCUGGACGAGCUUCGAAAGGAGACUGCGCGACAGAGCAAGGACCUCAGAGCCGAGCUCCAGAUGCUGAUAGAGUCGGAGCGCGUGGAGAAGCCCAAGGAGCAAGUCGAAGAUCUGCCAAGUGGCAAGCCCCAGGCUGGCAUUGUCAGAGUCCAUGAGGAUGUGAAGGAGCUCAGUGAGCGCCUUCAAGACCUCGAGAAGCUCCGAGGGAAGCUUGACGAUGCUUUGCUCGCCCAGGUCAGGGACGAUCACGCCAAGCUGGCCGCUCGCCUCAAUGACCUCGUGCGGCUGGCCUCCAGCUCAGAUCAUGGGCAGUCGGGCCAGGUCUACGUCGACAUCCAGAGUCAGCUGGAUCUGGUCAUGGCUAGACUGGCCCAGCAUGACGAGAAGCUCGUGGAAUGCCAGGAUUUACAGUCCAAGGAGUUUUGGAUGCAUCUGCAACGCGUGGAGGAGGCCAGGCUCUGUCAAGUCCAAGCACGGACUCAAGUGGAGGUCUACAAGAAAGCCAUGGAUGCGCAGUUGCGGAAGUACUUGGGUGAGGAGGAGUUCAUGCGUUGGACGCGCCUCAAGUGGCAGCAGCUUCUAGCCAGAUCAGGCGAUGUGUUGCGCCGGGGAGCGCAAAACACCGCCCUGUCCAGGACACGCGUGCAGGUUGUAGCCAGCAGCGCCUUUGAUGAUGACCUGAGCGAGAUGGUAAGUUCAGGUUACGGGGGCUACGUCCGCUGCCCGCGUGCAGACAUGCGCAACCAGCGCAGGCGUCCCAGGACCUCUUGCAGUCGUCCACGCGACCCAGUGCCCGAGCAGGUGCUUUCACCACAGCGGCCCCGUUCUGCGGUUCUUGCCGGAUGA